AUGGCCAACGUCACCCACUCCUGGGCUUGGGGAAGUUACUGGGCUGCUCCCGAGGGCUUUCGGUGGGCAUCCCAGGCCGCACCGGGUGUAGCCGAGAGCUGGAAUUUCAGCCGCUUGCAGGAGGCAUUCCCGGAUCUGAACUGUGCGCGCCAUGCCAGCUGGACGGCCUUGCGAUGGGAGCUGAUCAAUCUGACGAAAAAGGAGGCCGCAUCUUUCGCCACACGCCGGCGCACCUGGCAAACGUCCAUCACAUUGCUGGUGCAGAAGCACAUGCAGGGGAAGUAUGCCACCUCGACGUCCGUGGAGUUUCUCUACGCCCAUGGCUUCAAGGUGUGCCCCUUGGGCAUCGCCGCGCUCGCCGCGGCCACCUGGCUGGGAUGCCUCGAAGAGGUCACCAGCUUCAAGCGUGAGGACGGGACCUUGGGCCAGAGAUUCUGGAGCAUGGUCACCGAGAAGUGUGAAGCCUCGGGCAACAUCCUCCAGCAAGCGACCUUGGCCGCCACAAAGGCUGCAAGACUCAAUGUGCUGGCGACACUGGCAGCAACUGAGUGGCCGAUACUUGCGUUGCUUGCCGCCGGGGAGCAGCCGGCGCAGUGGCAUCUGCAUGCCCUCCACGGCAAAUUGGCAGGAUCCUACAGACUCCCAUCAACAGAGGUGAACAUCACCAUCCAGGAUGGAUUCUGUUUCUCCGGCUUCCCACGCCGGCAGCGCUCCAUUCUGAAGCGCUUCGCUGAGAUGGUUCGGUCCGUGGCAGAGUCUGCAAGGGCCAACUUUGGAUCGAAGUGGCUGAAGAGUAGCCUGGAGGAUGACUUUGGGCACCAAAUGGUGCAGAUGCUGCAAAAGCGGCGAGACCUUUCCUCUGACUUGCCAAGGCUUCCGCUCGCCUGCCAGCCGCUUUACUUUGCCAGUUGCAUCUUUUGGGGUUUCGUCUACGCGGGGGACGCCAGCUACAUCACAGAAGGCGACUCAAGUCUCAGAGCUUUGCUAUGGGAGUCCGCUCCACUGGGCCAGCUGCUUCUCACCAUGAAUUUUGUGGCGUUUCCUGUCUUUGGCUUCUGGCGGUACUUCCAGAGCUUCGUGCAUCACCACAUGGAGGCGCCAACUUUUCCCCGAAGUGCGAAGCGCCUCGAGGACGCCUUCCGUUGGGCUUUCUAUGGAAGCCGCUGGCGUGCUUCCAUGGCUUUCGACUAUCUGUUUCAGCUGCUUCCCAGCAACGGGCUGUCCGAGACGCUGACGGUGGGCAGCGCUCAGCAGCGCUCGGUCGUGGCAGUGACGAGUCUCUGGGGGACGCGGCAUGCCCUACGUUUACCUCUUUGGCUGAAGUGCGUUAUGCAAGCUGGCCUUGCUGCAACCAUUGUGCUUUGCCACGACUUUGAGGCUGUGAUGGCCUGCCAAAAAGCUCACGUUCACCCUGAGCUCUGUGCUUUCGCGGACGAGUGGCCCAGGAGCACCCUGGGCAAACCGACGGCUUUGGCUCUCGGUCUGGCCCGGGGCUACGACAUGCUUUGGCUGGACAUGGACGUGGUGUUAGUUCGAGAUCCUCGUCCUUUGCUUUGGCCGCUGCGUUCCCCGGACGCUCCACCGGUGAGCCAGGAGGAGGAGGCACCCCACUUGCUGCUUUCUGUGGAGGGAGACUCCUGGAACUGUGUGAAUGCCGGCUUGCUGCUCGUGCGGAGUACGAUUCUGGCGUUGCGCUUCGUGGCUCUGUGGCUGUCGAUGAUGAUCUUGCAGCCGCUAUACUUCGACCAGCAAGUGCUCCGACAUUUGCUGGGCCUCACGAUCACGGAAAUGUAUUCGAGCCCCGGCUACCAGACUGAUUGGAAGCGCCGCCUGCAUAUGGGCCUUUAUAGUCCACAGUCGGACCUUUUCGGGGCACGCCGCACCCCACCUUGGGGCGUGCUGCACCCAUGCAUUUUCGCCAUGACCCCUUAUGCCACCUGGGGCGGCGCAAGGGACGACUGGUGGCCUGGUUAUUCGGGGCAAAUCGCCGCUGCACAUGUUCUUGAGAGUUUUCCAACGAGCCGGACGCUGCAGCAGGAGCUUCUGAAGGAGCUUCUGGAAGCCACGUCCAAACAGGAUAAGGAGGCGCUGGAGGAGGUGCUGAGCUUGUUUCGCACUUCGAAUGAUAGCAUGCGUGCACGCGACUGCCGCAUCCAUGCGAUCAUUGAGCAUCAGAGAAAGAAAGACUUGGAGGGCCUCCACGCCCUGUGGUAUCCCACUGACGCGGGAAGUUUUCGGGGGAAAUGGGGGAAUCCGCCGACGCAGGCCGCAACAUUAUGA